AUGGCUGAGGAUGUUCCUCAGUUGCCUGAGGAUGUUCCUCAGUUGGAUGAGGAUGUCCCUGAUGCGUCUGAUGGUAGCCCAGACAGGAUAGGAGCUGCCGAUGGUGCUGAGUCUGAUGGAGUGGCUAGUGAUGGGACAGCUGCUGAUGAUGAGGGGUUCCCCGGUGGGCCACGCGAUCCAUCAGUUUUGAUAGGAUUUGUUGAUCAUGUCGCACACAGCAUAUGGCGUGGACAGGAGCGACCCGAUCUCAAGUUGGUCUCCCAUGCUAGGAAAGUAGAUAAAUUUGGGAGACCGGCUGGUGAGAUCGAAGGUAUGAUUGCGGCCACUGGAUUGGAUCCAUUGAUCAGGUGUUCUGUGAUCACCACUGAUCCUGGACUCAUAUCCGCCUUUGUUGAGAGGUGGCAUAGGGAGACGAUCAGCUUCCACCUCCCAGUAGGGGAGGUGACGAUCACUCUAGACGACGUUUCGUCGCUCUUGCACAUCCCCAUUACUGGCGCACUGCAUUCAUUUGGGCCGAUGGCUACAGCUGACGCAGUUGCACUGUUGACGGAGCUACUUGAGGUCACCCCAAAACGAGGCUACAGCUGA